AUGUCUGCGCAAGAUACUGGCUUCCAGGCUGCCUUACACGAGGCUCGUCGAGGCAGCAGCGAAGGCGGAGUGUCUAUCGGCGCAGCCUUAGGAUAUAACAUGCGUAUUCAGAAUGGCAGUGCUACUCUGCAUGCAGAAAUAUCCGCUCGAGAAAAUGCAGGGCACCUUCCAGCUUCGGCUUACCAAGGUGCAACCACGUACACCAGCCUCUCGCCGUGUGACAUGUGUACCGGUGCAUGCGUUAUGUACAAUAUCAAGAGAGUCGUCAUCGGUCAGAACAUAUCGUUUGUUGGAGGUGAGGAGUAUCUGAAGAGUAAGGGUAUCGAGGUCGUGUUCAUCAAGGAGAAACCUGGAGAUUGGUACGAGGAUAUUGGAGAGGAUCAGUAG